CGGCGCGAGCUCCUCCUUCUUCCCCCCCACGCGCGGCUGAGGUGGGGCGCGAGCCAGGUUGAGCAGCAGAGCCUCGAACCUCCAACUGCCCCAGUCCCGCCAGACCGAGAGCCCGGAGCCGCGCGCGCCAGGCCGAGCAGCGGAGCCCCGACCGCCGGAUUCGCGCCCUCCGCUCCCCUCAGCGCCGCCGCCGCCAUGGCCGAAGCUGACAUUGGUUUGAUUGGACUUGCUGUGAUGGGUCAGAACCUUAUUUUGAACAUGAACGACCAUGGCUUUGUGGUUUGUGCUUUUAACAGGACGGUUUCCAAAGUGGAUGACUUUUUGGCCAACGAGGCCAAGGGAACCAACGUGAUCGGUGCUCACAGCCUGGAAGAGAUGGUAUCUAAGUUGAAGAAGCCCCGUCGUAUUAUGUUGCUGGUGAAGGCUGGAGAGGCAGUGGAUGACUUCAUCAAUAAAUUGGUGCCGUUAUUGGAAGCUGGAGACAUCAUAAUUGAUGGUGGGAAUUCUGAGUAUAGAGAUAGCACGAGGCGUUGUAACGAACUACGGGAAAAGGGCAUCUUAUUUGUUGGAAGCGGUGUUAGUGGUGGAGAGGAGGGUGCUAGGAAUGGUCCUUCACUCAUGCCAGGAGGAGCCAAAGAGGCUUGGCCUCACAUCAGGAACAUAUUUCAAAGCAUUGCUGCCAAAGUGGGAUCUGGGGAACCUUGUUGUGACUGGGUGGGAGAGGAAGGUUCUGGACACUUUGUGAAGAUGGUGCACAAUGGGAUUGAAUAUGGAGACAUGCAGCUGAUCUGCGAGGCCUUUCACCUGAUGAGAGAUAUGCUGGACAUGGAGUACAAUGAGAUGUCACAGGUAUUUCAGGAAUGGAAUAAGACAGAGUUGGACUCUUUUCUGAUUGAAAUCACAGCCAAUAUUCUCAAAUUCAGAGACAACUAUGGCAAAUACCUCCUCCCAAAGAUCAGGGACAGCGCAGGACAAAAAGGCACGGGAAAGUGGACAGCCAUUUCCGCCCUGGAAUAUGGAGUCCCUGUCACACUCAUAGGUGAAGCGGUGUUUGCCCGGUGCCUCUCUGCCCUCAAGGAUGAGAGAGUACAUGCCAGUACGGUGCUGAAGGGGCCUAAAGUGACUGAGUUUGCUGGGAACAGGAGCGACUUUCUGGAGGAUGUACGCAAGGCCCUGUACGCUUCCAAGAUUGUCUCAUAUGCACAAGGCUUCAUGUUGCUGAGACAAGCAGCCAAAGAAUUUGGCUGGACGCUGAAUUACGGUAGCAUUGCACUGAUGUGGAGGGGAGGCUGCAUCAUCAGGAGUGUGUUCCUGGGAAAAAUCAAAGAUGCUUUUGAUCGGAACCCUGAGCUUCAGAAUUUGCUGUUGGAUGAUUUCUUUAGGACAGCUAUUGAAGACUGUCAGGACUCCUGGCGCCGUGUAAUCAGUAUUGGAGUACAGAUGGGUAUCCCCAUGCCUUGCUUCACUACAGCACUUUCUUUUUAUGAUGGGUACCGGCAUGAAAUAUUGCCAGCUAACCUGAUUCAGGCUCAGCGUGAUUAUUUUGGGGCACAUACGUAUGACAUGUUAUCGAAGCCAGGUGUGUUUUACCAUGCUAACUGGACAGGCCGUGGAGGAAAUGUGUCCUCCACUAGGUACACUGUGUAAUCACCAUAUCUCCUCUUGAAGCCAAGAUACUGUAGAUCUCAGAUGUUCUUCCUAGAAUACCACUUUUUACUGUACUAUGGUAGAACUUGUGUUUGAACACCUUUGUAAUAACUCGUGGGUAUAUUAUAUAUACACAUAUAUAUCUCAAAAAAUAUAUAUCCUAUAAGAAAGCUCAAUAAAUUUGCUUAUAAAUGCA